CUGCUCCUUCCUGUAGUAACAGCCGCCGCAGCCGCCGCCGGAGCCCAGGCCUGGAGCGAGAGCCGCGGGGCGCACAGCCGGCCCUGUCGCCGGACGGCUCGGCGCCACCAGGUGAACGGACAUGGCGGGCUGGAUCCAAGCCCAGCAGCUGCAGGGAGAUGCGCUGCGCCAGAUGCAGGUGCUGUACGGGCAGCACUUCCCCAUAGAGGUUCGGCACUACUUGGCUCAGUGGAUUGAGAGCCAGCCAUGGGAUGCCAUCGACCCGGAGAAUCCCCAGGACCAAGGCCAGGCCACCCAGCUCCUGGAGGGCCUGGUGCAGGAGCUGCAGAAGAAGGCGGAGCACCAAGUCGGGGAGGAUGGGUUCUUACUGAAGAUCAAGCUGGGGCACUAUGCUACGCAGCUCCAGAACACGUAUGACCGCUGUCCCAUGGAGCUGGUCCGCUGCAUCCGACAUAUUCUGUACAAUGAACAGAGGCUGGUGCGAGAAGCCAACAAUGGGAAUUCUCCAGCUGGGAUCCUGGUUGACGCCAUGUCCCAGAAACACCUCCAGAUCAACCAGACGUUUGAGGAGCUGCGGCUGGUCACACAGGACACAGAGAAUGAACUGAAGAAGCUACAGCAGACCCAGGAGUACUUCAUCAUCCAGUAUCAGGAGAGCCUGCGGAUCCAGGCUCAGUUUGCCGGGCUGGCCCAGCUGAGUCCGCAGGAGCGUCUGAGCCGGGAGACAGCCCUCCAGCAGAAGCAGGUGUCCCUGGAGGCCUGGCUGCAGCAUGAGGCCCAGACGCUGCAGCAGUACCGCGUGGAGCUGGCCGAGAAGCACCAGAAGACCCUGCAGCUGCUGCGGAAGCAGCAGACCAUCAUUCUGGACGAUGAGCUGAUCCAGUGGAAGCGGCGGCAACAGCUGGCAGGGAACGGAGGGCCCCCCGAGGGCAGCCUGGACGUGCUGCAGUCCUGGUGUGAGAAGUUGGCCGAGAUCAUCUGGCAGAACCGGCAGCAGAUCCGCAGGGCUGAGCACCUCUGCCAGCAGCUGCCCAUCCCCGGCCCAGUGGAGGAGAUGCUGGCUGAGGUCAACGCCACCAUCACAGACAUCAUCUCAGCCCUGGUGACCAGCACGUUCAUCAUUGAGAAGCAGCCCCCUCAGGUCCUAAAGACCCAGACCAAGUUUGCAGCGACGGUGCGCCUGCUGGUGGGCGGGAAGCUGAACGUGCACAUGAACCCCCCGCAGGUGAAGGCCACCAUCAUCAGCGAGCAGCAGGCCAAGUCGCUGCUCAAGAACGAGAACACCCGCAACGAGUGCAGUGGCGAGAUCCUGAACAACUGCUGUGUGAUGGAGUAUCACCAGGCCACCGGCACCCUCAGCGCGCACUUCAGGAACAUGUCACUGAAGAGGAUUAAGCGGGCUGACCGGAGGGGCGCGGAGUCUGUGACAGAGGAGAAAUUCACGGUCCUGUUUGAGUCUCAGUUCAGCAUUGGCGGCAAUGAGCUUGUGUUCCAGGUGAAGACUCUGUCCCUUCCCGUGGUUGUCAUCGUUCACGGCAGCCAGGACCACAAUGCAACCGCCACCGUGCUGUGGGACAAUGCCUUUGCUGAGCCGGGCAGGGUGCCAUUCGCCGUGCCCGACAAAGUGCUGUGGCCGCAGCUGUGUGAGGCGCUCAACAUGAAAUUCAAGGCCGAAGUGCAGAGCAACCGCGGCCUGACCAAGGAGAACCUCGUGUUCCUGGCCCAGAAACUGUUCAACGGCAGCAGCAGCCACCUUGAAGACUAUAAUGGCAUGUCCGUGUCCUGGUCCCAGUUCAACAGGGAGAACUUGCCAGGCUGGAACUACACCUUCUGGCAGUGGUUUGAUGGGGUCAUGGAGGUGCUGAAGAAGCAUCACAAGCCCCAUUGGAAUGACGGGGCCAUCCUAGGUUUUGUGAACAAGCAACAGGCCCAUGACCUGCUCAUCAACAAGCCCGAUGGGACCUUUUUAUUACGCUUUAGCGACUCCGAAAUCGGGGGCAUCACCAUUGCCUGGAAGUUUGACUCUCCUGACCGCAACCUGUGGAACCUGAAGCCAUUCACCACGCGGGACUUCUCCAUCCGGUCGCUGGCUGACCGACUAGGGGACCUGAGCUAUCUCAUCUACGUAUUUCCCGACCGGCCCAAGGACGAGGUCUUCUCCAAGUACUACACCCCUGUGCUCGCUAAAGCGGUGGAUGGAUACGUGAAGCCACAGAUCAAGCAAGUGGUCCCUGAGUUUGUGAAUGCAUCUGCAGACUCUGCCGGGGCCAGCGCCACCUACAUGGACCAGGCCCCCUCCCCAGCCGUGUGCCCCCCGGCUCAUUAUAACAUGUACCCCCAGAACCCUGACGCCGUCCUCGACCAGGAUGGAGAAUUUGACUUGGAUGAGACCAUGGACGUGGCCCGGCACGUGGAGGAACUCCUGCGCCGCCGGAUGGACGGUCUGGACCCCCGCCUCUCCCCGCCCGCUGGUCUUUUCACCUCAGCCCGAGGCUCCCUCUCAUGAACAUUCGAAUCCCGCGCGUUUGGAAACAACACAGUGUGAAGGGGUCCUUUUAAUGGGGCUUUUAGUGUCUCUCUGCAUACUGAUGCCUCCGCCCGUGCACGUGUGUGCACACGCACGCACGAGGUGUGCCUGCCUCGCCUUCGCCCUCCUGGGCGGCGGUGGUAGGAACCACCAGCUUGCUGUUCAGAUCGAGGUCCCCGCCAGCCCUCUGGGCCUGUGACUGU